AUGUUGAAUUCACAAGUAACAGAAAUUUAUCCUGAUAAUAUUAAUUCAACUUCAUCAACAUUACAAUGUCGUAUACAAUAUCUUGACGAUGUCGACCCAUUUUCAAGUGUCAAUUUACCAGAACCAGCUCGACCUCCGUCCUUUACAUUUUUGACAUCAACUAUUUUAAGCAAUCAAUUACAGAGUGUACAUAAAGUUCUUAACGCACCCCAUCAAAUUUCUGAUUGUACACUUCAAUUAUGUCGACAAGAUGGAACUAAAACUGAAUUUGGACCAUAUCUUGAAUUAGAUCAAACAUUAGAUGAACAACGUGAAGAUAUUGAAAGUUUUACAGAAGGAUAUAAAUGGUCAAUUGUUCUUCGUACACAACUUAAUGUUCGAGUUCAAGCUUGUAUAGAUAAAUUACUGAAUUCAGAUGGACGUGAAUUACGAAGAUCAUUAUUUUCAUUAAAACAAAUUUUUCAAGAUGAUAAAGAUCUUGUACAUGAAUUUGUUAAUAACCAAGGUUUACAAUGUUUAAUUAAAAUUGGUGGUGCAGCUGAUCAAAAUUAUCAAAAUUAUAUUUUACGAGCACUUGGUCAAUUAAUGUUAUAUGUUGAUGGAAUGAAUGCUGUUAUAAAUCAAAAUGAAGUUACUCAAUGGCUUUAUUCAUUAGUAGAAUCAAGUUUUCGACUUGUUGUAAAAACAAGUUUAAAACUUUUAAUUGUAUUUGCUGAAUAUACUGAAUCGAAUGUUGCAUUAAUCAUAUCAGCUGUAACACAAGUUGAUCGAUCAGCUAAACGUUUAUUAUGGUCAAAUGCAAUGAAAAUAUUAAAUGAAAUGGAUAAUUCAUCAUCAGAAGUUGUUUUAUUAAUUAUUACAUUAUUUAAUACAGUUUUAUCAGCUAUAUCUGAUCAAGAUACGUUUUAUGAUAUGACCGAUGCAUUAGAAGAACAAGGAAUGCAACGAUGUACACAAUUUUUUCUAAAUAGAAAACCAGCUGAAGCUGAUCUUAUUGAACAAUUUCAUAUUUAUGAUGCUGCUCUUCGACGUGAAGAUGGUGAAGAUGAUGCAACAAUUGUUCAAUCAAUAAGAUCUCCAUCCUUAUCCAAUAUCUAUGAAAAUCUUAUCUGGAGGUGUACACCACGUAUAAAAUCUACAUUUGAUCGUAUAUCAUCACGUCGUUAUUCAUCUGUUGAUUCAAAUUGUUCAUAUGAUAAUCAGCAAGAAUCUAGAAUAAUUUCUAAUAAUAAUAAUCAAGAUAUUUGUCAAAAUCAUUUGAAUUUAACCGAUUCAACAUUGCCACAAUAUGAUAAUGUGAUCAUGUCAUCGAAUGAACAAGAUGAUUCAACCGUAUCAUUCAAUGUUGAUAUAGAUGAUGAUGAUAAUGAUGAGCGAAAAACACGAGUUAAAAGUAUGAUUGAUAAUCGUCAAAGUAUUCGACGAAGUUCAUCGCAUACAUACCAACCUACGAUUUCAUCGUUUCAAAAAAAAGAACAAGAAAUAUCAAAACCAUUACCAGAUAGUACGGUUCUUCGUCGAAUGCAAAAUCGAUGGGAAACAGAAAUUUUGCAUCGUGAAGUACCUCGAACAACACGAAUUGAACGUAAUCGUGAUCGUUGGGAAACAACAAAUGAUGAUCAAAUUCCAUUAUCUGAUACAAAUCAAUCAACAAUGCCUCAACAGAUAAAACCAUUAACAUCCGUUGAUAGUCAUAUCGUUCCGUCCAGUUGUUUUACACGUUCGUCAUGUAAUAUUGAGUCUAUCUCACCUCCACCUUCUCAUGCAAAUGAAACACAAGUGUUUACACGAGCUGUAUUUACUCAUCAAAAAAAUUCAAAUAGUAACGGUACAGUUGAAACAUUAGCACGUCAAAUAGGUAUAUCAACAAUGAAUGGUAAUGAUACAUCAUUAACAAAUGGUCAACCAACUGUAUUUGUAAAAGAUACUAAAGUAAUACCAUCAUCUGAACUUAUUGGUGCAGUUACAAGAGCAAAAGAUGGUUUACAAGCAGCAGUAACAGCUAAAACACCUCAAAUUUCAGCAACAUGUUUUGUUUUUCCUGGUCCAUUACCUGAUACAUUAGUAUCAAAACCUCUAUCAGAUAAUGAUCUUCAAUGGGACUAUGUUGUUAGCAAAGUAUCAGAUCGUAAAUUACGUGUACAAGAUCUGGAUUUCGAAGAACUGGAUGAACAAGAUGAUAUAGGCAUUAUGACUAUCGCUGCUAAUCGAGGGGGACCACCUCCACCGCCACCAAUGAUGAAUGGAAAUGGAUUUCCUCCUCCACCAAUGACAGGAUGUCCUCCUCCUCCUCCUCCUCCUCCACCACCACCACCACCACCGCCUCCUCCAUCGAUAGGAUGCCCACCUCCACCUCCACUUCUACCACGAGGCAUGGGACCUUCACCGUUAACCAUAAGCAAUGGUAAUAUAGGUGGAGACUCAUCAUCAUCAAAUAAUAAAUCAGUAAAAACUAUACGUUUACAUUGGCGUGACGCAGCUCCAAAUACAAUGUUAACAGCACCCGGAUCAAAUGAUUCUCUUUGGACAUCAUUGAAUAAAAUAAAAUUAGAUACCGACAAAUUAGCACACUUAUUCGAAUUGAAACAAGCUGAAGUUAAAGUAAAGAAAACUGGUGAUGUAAAAAAAGAAAUAACUGUACUCGAUCCAAAACGUUCAAAUGCAAUUAAUAUCGGUCUAACAGUUUUACCAACAGCUCGAACAAUCAAAGCAGCUAUUUUAAAAAUGGAUAGUAGUGUUAUAAAUAAAGAAGGCAUUGAGAAAUUAUUAACAAUGCUUCCAACAGAAGAAGAAAAAAAUCGUAUAAUAGAAGCUCAAAUGGCUAAUAGUGAUAUACCAUUAGGCAAUGCUGAACAUUUUUUAUUAACAAUUGGAGCUGUUGUUGAAUUAGAAGCUCGUUUAAAAUUAUGGUUAUUUAAACUUGAUUUUGAUAAUAUUGAAUUGGAAAUUGCUGAACCAUUAAUGGAUUUAAAAAAUGGAAUGAGAAAUUUAAAAGAGAAUAUAACAUUUCGACGUAUACUUGAAAUUCUUCUUGCUGUUGGUAAUUUUCUUAAUGGAGCUGAAUCAAUCGGUUUUCAACUUGAUUAUCUUGCUAAAGUUCCAGAAGUUAAAGAUACUAUUCAAAAACAUUCAUUAUUAUUUCAUGUGUGCAAUAUUGUCGUUGAAAAAUAUCCUGAUACAAGUGAUUUCUAUUCAGAAAUUGGUGAAAUAACACGAUGUUCAAAAAUUGAUUUUGAUGAACUUGAACAAAAAUUAAAUAAACUUGAAAAUGAUUGUCGUGCAGCAUUUGAAUAUUUAAGAGCUAUUAGUAAACAUGAAACAUUACAAAUAAAAACAAAAGUUGAUGUUAAGAUUCAUGGUAAAUUGUAUUAUAUCACACUGGCAGAAUUUCUUACUGAUUGUGCUGAACGUGUUUGUUUAUUAAGAGUUAUAUAUAAUCGUGUAUUAAAUCGUUUUCGAAGAUUUCUUCUUUGGCUUGGUUAUCCUCUAAGUGCAAUACAAGAAACAAAAAUAACACAAUUUUGUAAAAUUCUUAGUGAAUUUGCACUUGAAUAUCGAACAACACGUGAACGUAUAACAACACAAAAACAGAAAAAACAAAAUCGUGGUGAACGAAAUAAAACAAGAGGCAAAUUAAUAACUGAGAUUAUUUCAGAAAAAGGCAAUCCAUUUAAAGAUGUUCUAUUGAAUGGUUUUCGAACGGAUGAUGAAUCUAGUUCUUGUUAUCAAUCAGUAAAAGAAAAAAAUUCUUCAUCAACUAUUUCACAUAAUUACGAUACAAAAUCACCAUCAUCACCUUCUAUCUCAGAUAAAAAUUCAAAACAACAAUUAAAUCAAAAAAAUGUUCAACCAAAUAUGUUAAGUGAUCUAGCAGCUGUAGUAAGAAGUACAUCAAAAGAUGGUCAAAUUAUGCCUGGUCAUCGAUUACGACAAAAACCAUCUACAAAUAAUUUACAAAAAUCAUCCACAUCAAAUACAUCAACAGUAAAUGGAAUACAAUCGACUAAAUCCAAUGACACUGAAGGAUUUGAUACAAGUGAUGAAUUACUUGAUACUCUUGUUAAAAAUGCUGCGUUAACAACAACAAAAGAUGUUAUAAAACAACGUCGUAUAGCUCGAUAUGCCCAACGUCAAUCAUUACGACGAACACUUCAAAUAAAUUUGAAUGACGACGAGCAAGCUCAAGUAUUUGGUGCUGGGAAAAACUAA